CAUCGCUGGUGCUUGUUUUUGGGUAUGAGGACGUCAAUUUAUGACGACACGGGGCAAGGCGAGGCAGCUGCGUUGUGACGUUUUUCUUAUGCGACGUUCAGCAGGCGCUCCGGAGCAAAAACAAAACGCAAAGAAUUUCCUUUGGGUGUGAGAUGUCAUCUGAAUCAGAUCACCCGCCAUCAUCGGCAUCAUCAUUUGGACUAAAGCCAGUUAGGAGGUCUCCUCGUCUGUCCCCUCAGGGAGGGACGGAUCAACGAGACAAACACAGAAAGAAAGUUGCCAACCUGCAAGAGGUGAAGAAGAAAGGGAGAAUGUCGAAGAGUCACAAGGAGCGAGACGAGGAGCUGCAGGUCCAACUGCAGAAGCUGGACCUGUCCAGGAGGUCGUCUGCCAGUGGGACAGGUUUGGUCUAUUCGGAGACCUUCACUCGUCAUCAGAACCUGUGGGACUCCAAUCAUCCAGAAAGUCCCGACAGAGUGACAACCAUCAUGGAGGAGCUGGACAGACAGGAGCUGUUGUCUCGCUGCAUUCGAGUAGAGCCCAGAUCAGCCACUGAUGAAGAGCUGCUUCUGGUGCACACAAAGCAGUACAUCGAUUUGAUUAAGUCCACUCAGAAAAUGUCAGAGACAGAACUACGUCUUCUCUCUGACAAAUAUGAUUCCAUUUAUAUCCAUCCAGAAACCUUCCAAGUCUCAAUAUUGGCGGUGGGUUCAGUGCUCCAGCUGGUAGACCAAGUGUUGACGUCUGAACUGAGGAACGGCUUUGCUGUCAUCAGGCCUCCAGGACAUCACGCUCAGUCAAACGAGGCCAACGGUUUUUGUAUUUUCAACAAUGUGGCCAUUGCAGCUCGUUACGCUCAGAACAAGCAUCGUGUCAAAAGGGUGUUGAUCGUGGACUGGGAUGUUCAUCAUGGUCAAGGUAUCCAGUAUGCUUUCCAGGAAGACCCCAGUGUGUUGUACAUGAGCGUCCACAGGUUCGAGCAAGGUGCGUUCUGGCCUCACCUGCCUGAGUCAGACAAUACUUUUGUGGGCUGUGCCCCCGCCGAAGGACGGAACAUCAACCUGGCCUGGACCACGGCAGGAAAAAGCGACGCUGACUACGUGUGUGCUUUCCAGCAAUUGCUGCUACCAGUCGCCUACGAGUUUCAGCCGGAGCUUGUUUUGGUUUCCGCUGGUUUUGAUGCCGCGUUGGGGGAUCCCAAGGUACGACAGGGCAGAUCUGGAAACGGUAGUGGACUGGUGACGUCACUACUUGGCUGUCAUUUGCGUGUUGGCCAGAUGUGCGUCAGUCCUGAGUGUUUCCAGACAUUGACACGCAUGCUGAUGUCUUUGGCAGAAGGUCGACUCAUUCUGGCUCUCGAGGGAGGCUAUAACCUGCAAUCGACAGCAGAGGGUUCUAGUGCUUGUGUUCGAGCGCUCCUUGGUGAGGCCUGUGCCCCAAUGACUCCAUCCACUGCUCCUUCUGACUGUGCCUUGAAGUCCAUUUCUGAGACAGUCUCAGCUCUGUAUCCAUACUGGACCUCACUGCAAGUGCUGGAGGGUGACGGGCUUGCUGAAGGAUGUGUCCUCAGAGAAACAACUCCUAGCGAGAGCCCACAGAUUCCCGCUGUGACUAAAACAGGCCUGGUGUAUGACGAGAGAAUGAUGGAGCAUCUUAACCUGUGGGACAGGCACCAUCCUGAACAGCCACAAAGAAUCUUCAAGAUCUUCUCCAGGCAUCAGCAACUCGGACUGGUGGAACGUUGUCUGCGCAUCCCGGCUCGCUUCGCGACUGAGGAGGAGCUUGCCAUGUGUCACACGUACGUGGCAGCAUCCCUGUUUGUGGCCCACAUUCAGCAGAUGAAGUCCACCAGUACGAUGAAGAGCAAAGAUCUGUACAAAUUGGGACAAGAGUUCAACUCCAUCUUCAUUAACAGUCAGAGUUACCAGUCAGCCCUGCUGGCUGCUGGAAGCUGCUUCAAUGCUGUGGACCAGAUCCUGACCGGACAGGUGAGAAGUGGUGUCGCCAUCGUGCGCCCCCCAGGUCAUCAUGCCGAGAGCGACUCUGCUUGUGGUUUUUGUUUCUUCAACACGGCGGCACUCGCCGCUCGCUAUGCUCAGAAGAUCUCUGAGCAUGCGCAUUUACGAGUCUUAAUGCUGGACUGGGAUGUUCACCAUGGCAAUGGCACACAGCACAUGUUUGAAGAUGACAACAGCGUCCUGUAUAUCUCCCUCCAUCGUUAUGACAACGGGACCUUCUUCCCGUCCUCAGAGGAUGCCUCCCCAGAUCGAGUGGGCGUGGCUCAGGGGAAAGGCUUCAACGUCAACGUGGCGUGGAGUGGCGGGCGGAUGGGGGACGCUGACUAUCUUGCAGCCUUUCACCAAGUUGUCAUGCCGAUUGCCACUGAGUUUAAUCCGAGUCUGGUGUUGGUGUCAGCGGGAUUUGACGCCGCGCGGGGAGACCCACUGGGGGGAUACCACGUGACGCCGGAGGGCUAUGCCCAUCUCACCCACAUGCUGAUGUCUUUGGCUUGUGGGCGGGUCUUACUCAUACUGGAGGGUGGUUACAACUUGACGUCCAUCUCAGACUCCAUGGCGAUGUGCACAAGCAUGUUGCUUGGCGACCCUCCUCCUUUCCUGGCGAUGCCCCUCCUUCCGCCUCACCACGCCGCCGUGACAUCCAUCAAUGAGGUCAUCCGCCACCACGCCCCCUACUGGAAGUCGCUGAGAAUAAAAAUCCCAGAGUCCGUGCGAGCAGCCGUAACUUCCAGAAGCCCUCAUCGCAGACGCAGUGGGAAAGGGAAAGACAGGAAGUCAAGACUGAGUGGUCCAGACAAGCCGACGAUGGGAAUGGAGGGCACACCGGCGGACCACAGUUUGGAUCAGCUCACUCAGGGAUUGGCCAGUUUGGACAUCAAUCAAAGCACACACGGCUCAGAAGUGGAAGCGGCAUCAGAGAAGACCCAGUCGAGGGCCACGUCAGGUGAAUCUUCAACUCAGCAGAGCCAAUCAGAAGAGAGCUCGCAGCCUCCAGCUGUCAUUGUUGAUGCACAAGCAGUUGUUGAUCUCGGAGACGAGCUGGAGCCGGCAGGAGCGUGUGGUUGGUCCAAGCCUCAAGAAAUACUGGAGCUGACGUGUGGAGUUCAGAUGGCCCCCAUGUAUGUGGUGGACCCUCUUUCCUCAUGUCCUCACCUGGACGCCGUCAAGCCCCUGCCCCCAUCUGGUAUCGAUGUCUUCCUGCCCUGUCACGACUGUGGCUCAGAGGUGGAGAACUGGAUCUGCCUCACCUGCUACAAGGUGGCGUGUGGCCGCUACGUCAACGAGCACAUGUUGGCACAUGGCGAGACGUCCCAUCAUCCCAUGGUGCUGAGCUUCUGCGAUCUUUCUGUGUGGUGCUACGUGUGCGAGGCCUACGUACACAACCAGGCCGUGUUUGAGGCAAAGAACGCAGCCCACAGCGCCAAGUUUGGAGAGGAGAUACCACCCUGGAGUUAGGAGAAGGACAAGGAUCACGAGAUGAUCAUGAAGAGUGCUGGGACUUUUUAUACAUUUCAUUAUUACUCCAGAGAACGUUCCAGACCUUCCCGCGAUAGGUGGAAAAAAGCAAUACAGAGCGAGCCUAUAAAUGUUUUGUGGUUUUACUCCAACCUAAUACCUAUAACACCCAUAAAAAUGUUUAAACAUACUUUUUAGAUACUUAAAAUGUGUGUACCUCUUCUCACCUUGCUGGAAAGAAAUGAAAGAUCAAAUCAUUUUGAGGAAACAAAACGAAGGCUCGUACUCUUAAGGGGCUCAGUGUGCUUGCGUCACGCUCUUAAUUUGUCACUCGCAGUUAAAGUUGACUGUUGCUUCUAAACCUUCAAACACUCGCAUCUUAAAUAUGUAGCGCAGCAACACAUAAGCAGAGCAUGCAACAUGACUCAGAGGCAUGUCUUGUCUUUGCUCUGAGGAAAUACUGUAAUUCCCGGCCUACAGAGCACACCUGCUUCCAAGCCUCACCGAGUACAUUUGUAAAGGAAAUACUAUUUGGUACAUACAUACGCCGCAGCUGUGUAAAUGCCGCAAGUGCCCAUAUCGAAACCCACAUUGAAACAUGAGAUAUUUACAAAGAAAGAUGGUACACAAAAAGAGUUGGAACACUAGCGCCGCACUAAAGCUAGCACUAAUGAUAAUAGGGCCAGUUAAAAUAAAACAAUAAAGUCAUAAGUAAUAAGUAAAUGUCACUGAGACACGUCAGUAACACAGCAGCAACACGCUAGUACAGCGCUAAUGUCAGCGCAGGGCUAACGGGGCCGGUAAAAGUCACUUCCUCGGCAUGUAUAUUCCACCGGUCUCAUUCUUACCUUUUCUGCUCGAGUGCCCCCUUGCAGCCGUGAGAAAAAAAUGCACAAAUUAGCCGCAUCACCGCAUAAACCACCAGGUUGAAAGCACGUGGAAAAAAGUCGCGGCUUGUAGGCCGGAACUUACGGUAACUGUUACUGCAGCUUGGUAGGGGAACUUCUCUGCCUCAUCCUCUAAAUUAUACUGCAGCUCUUCCAGUAGUCUUCGGUGAUUUGCUUGUACACUGUAAAAACCAUUUUAAAAAAUUAUCCUCAAUAUGAUGGGGAGCACAAAAGAUGAACCACUACAUAGCGGGGUCUCACUCUAUUUCUACCUUUUACCCAACGGGAACUGUCAAUUUUAAUGUUAACGUUUCCAUGGCAAUAUAAGCAUGUUCUGUUUGUUGUGCAAUAAUGUUUCCGUCCAAACAUUUUUAAAAAAAUCACUUUUUUAAAGUCAGACUUCCUCUUUUUUUCGAGACAAUGUCUGUUUGGCGUUCAAAGAAAGUGGUAUUGAUUCCAUGUAAAGCAAGGGUCACCAACCUUUUAGAGGCUGAGCGCUACUUCAUUAGCACCGGUCGUAUGAAGGGCGAGAUGACCUGUUUGCAGCAAACCUCCAAAAUAGCAAAACUACUUAUAAUUUACGAAUAUAUAAAUGGUUUAUAUUACACGAAAUUUUUAAAAUUUCAAAAUAGAGCGACAUGUUGGUGACCCCUGAUGUAAAGCAUCCAAUUUAUCCUGUUCAAGGGCACAGGAGGACAAUGUAUUCAUGUUUAUAUGUAUUCUUUUGGUUC